UUGGUCCUAUGAUCGGCCAGUAUGUACACAUGGCAGAUGCUGUUAUCAAGUAUUCUUACCAGUAUCUAAAGAUGUAUAUUGACAUGUUCUCACCUACCUCCACAAUGGGUCGUAUGGUGCAGAUGAUCUCUAACUAUGCACCGGAACUUCUCCAGGCGAUGUCCAACCUUGCCAAGAACCCUCAACAGAUCAUACAGAUCGUGUCUAAUCCGGAUCCUAUGGCAGCCAUGUGUUCCUGGGUUCAGCAGAUGCCACUUCCAUCAUACGUUCCCCACACUGACUUAUCCAACAUGGUCUGCUAUGAACUCCCAGAGGUUUACAACCAGGUCAUGGGUAUGCCGUCUGCUGUGGAGGUCAUGAUCCAGCAGAUAAUCAAUGCAACUCUGCCACAGCCCGGACUCACGUAUGACCUACAGAAGGACUGGUCAGAGAUCAUGGACUACACAGAGAGGUCUGUGACAAUGCUGAGUCAGCCAGGGAAUCUGCUCACAAUGGUAGAUGGUCCACUGAGCCUAAUGAUGGUUGCUAACUUCUCUCGGAUGGAGGAAGUUGCUACAGUGAUGGGAGACAUCAUGAAGGGAUUUACAUACAAGGAUAUGGCAAGCUUCAUGGACAUUUCCUUUGCUGUGAUGCACCAACUUGAACCUUCCAUGCAGAACAGCAAUGAGUGGAAGGUGGUGGAACACAGUUUGCUGGGCUACAAUGCAAUGAUUAAACUCUAUAAUCACUACUACUCAAGUUAUAAUGCAACCAACAGCUAUUCAGACCUGUUGAAGAUGUUCCCAGCUGAGUUCCAAGCUUUCGCCAGCAAGAUGGCAGCUUUAACUCCAGACUUCAUUGAGGCCCUCAAGAAUACAAUCAUAAAUCCAGAGAAGCUGGUUAGAAAGAUCUUUGCCCUCCAAGCUGGCUAUGCUGGACCGGACUGCUCAACAUCUUGGCUAACUGACUUCAUGGACAUUGACACCAACAGCUCCCUUGUUGAAUUCGAACAGCUGGCCUGCUCGUUCAACUGGACAGCAUUUGGUAUGAGGCUUCUACAGCAAGAUCCCAACAUGCAGGAGUACGUGAAUCAGCUGACUAUUCUGUCAAACCCUGACCUGUCCAACCUGCCAGAUGUGACAGUCAACUGGACUGAGUUAAUGGUCAACACAGAGCAGUAUCUUCAGUGGAUAUCUGGAGGACUUGUCAUGAACCAAACCCAAGAGUUUAACCUCGCCCCCUUCAACAUUUCUGCUAUUGACAUGAAGUGGACAGAGUUUGUUGCUGCCAUGCAGUCUCUCCAGAACAUUGACUUUCAGAGACUGGGAGACUUGGUUACAAUGAUCCAGAUGUCCCUGGAAAAACUGGACAUGACUAUGGGGAACUCUACAGAAAACAAUGCCGAAGCCCUAAUCCUCAACUCCAUGUAUGGCCAACUCUACAUGAAUCAUCACAUCAUGAACUUCAUGAACCAAAUACUAACAUACAUGACCACACAUAGCACAGUGAAUUUUUACGACUACCUUGGUUCUGAUGAGUUGAAGAAAUCAUCCAGGCCGACAGAACUGGCACCGGAGUUUACCGAACUUGUGUUGGACUCACUCGUCUCCUAUUUCACGGAACCACAGAAGUUCACAAAGUUCCUCAACAUGCCUGACUUUUGGGGACAGCUGUGUUCGAAUGUGACUGUGUUCACGUCCGUGUUUGACAUGUCCAAGUCCCGAGCUGACCCGUCCACCCUGCAGACAACCCUGUGUUCUGCUGGCAACCUCAACUAUACAGUGAUGUAUGAACAGCUCAGACAGAACUGGGAUGGAUUCGCGGAGUUUGCAGAUGCUAUAAUUGGGAUAUCACUAAACACAAUACCAGUCGAGCAGCUCCGUGUCAAUAUGUCCACGCUCAUCGCCGACCAACUAACAUACCAGAGUCUGCUCAACCGCACCAUCAUGAACCCACCAAAUAUUGUGUUCUUCACAAACAACGACUGGAUGAAUGCUACCAUCUACGCUGAACUUGGGGAGACCUUCCUUCAAGACAUGAAUGCUGUACUGAGCAGGUUCCAGGACCCUGGAUUUGUGGUGGAGACACAGACGCGAAUGUUUGAGAUGGUAUUUGCCAGUCUUGUUGAUAUUCUCGAGGCCAUGGUUGCAAUGAAGUACAUGGAAGUCAUCAGUGAAAGUGUGCUACUUCAGAUACGGAGGAAUUCUGAACCCCUGAAUGAGACAUUGCAAGAUUUCCCGAACAUGCUGAAGAUCUCACAGCUCAUGAACGAUUUGCCAUUUGUCUUGGAGGUCACGCUGUAUACCAACCUGUUUUCACCAGAGAAGACUGUUCGGUGGAGUUCAGCCAUGCAGUCACUGGAGACGUUCUGUGGAACAGACCCUGUCACUCUGUUCACUGUUCCCCCAGCUCUGACGUUCAGCAUGACGCCAUUCUUAAGGACCAUGUGUUCCAUCAACAUCACAGCUCUCAUGGAGGAAUCCCAGCGUUAUUCUGGGAGUGACACAAUGGCUGCUCUGAUGGCUGGCAACAUGACUGAGCCUGUGAAUGUCACUGCCCUGCGUCUGACAAUGAUGCAGAUUGUUGAGGCGCUGUCCAGCGUCAACACAACCAGUGGGAUGCUCCAGAGUCUGCCUCCAAUGUUUGAUGAGGCCAUUUGGAUGGCAGUGAUCCAGAGGAUGGGCGGAUACUUGAACCAGUCAACGUCUGUCUACAUGUCUCCCAAGUCCAUUUUCCUGCUUGCACAAAACAUAGUCACCAGUGUCCCUGGUCUCCGAAGUCAGCUGAAACCAAUGGAAAUUGUCAUGAUUGUUGUGGAGACAAUAUUGGAUCAUGUGCUUAUCCUGGAGAAUGCAACCUCAUUUGCUCCCCGAGAUAUCUUCCCCCAGUCCCCACAGCUUCAGGCCAUGAUAGACUUGCUACAGGAACCUGGGGUGUUGGUUGUCCUCAUGGAGUCCCUCAACUCACAAAAGAUGACGCCUUUGUUUGCAAUGACGAAUGUGACCGAUCUUUUCAUGACGCUAUGCUGGCCUGGUGCCGACAUCUCCCAGUACCUGCUAGUGCCACCUGGUGUGACCUUCGAUGUCUCAGCACUCCAGAGAGGUUUCUGUGCUAUCAAUAUCACGGAACUGGAACCCGAAGUCUAUGCAACCUUUGACAUACCAAGAAUUGAGAGAGUGGUGAAUGGGUCGGAACAAGUAAACUGGCUGGAAGUUGGAGACAAGUUUCAGCGUGUGCUGGAUCAGGUGACCCGGUGGGUUCAGAUGCCGCCCAGAGUGGUCCUGCCGCCCGUCUGGGAGAAUGAAACCUACUGGCUGAACAUGCUGCAGCAGUAUUCCAUGGCUAGACAGGACCCUGCUGCUAUACAGGCUGAGAUUGAGAACUUGAUGACCAGGAUGGGCCCACUGCUGAUGCAAGAACCAUUCCGCCAGUACGGCAUAGUGAUGGAGGCUGUGAUGAGACUGCUCAACGAGAACAUAAUGGGUCUCCAGAACAAGAGUUUGACUCUCACCUCCAUGUUUAAUCAGGUCCCCAUCCUCCGGGAUGUGAUAACAGCCAUUGGAUUGAAAGGCGACAUGCUGGAAACACUAAUGAAAGCACCAGUGAAAGACACAGAACGUUUUGCUCGGGCACUAAUUGAUCCCACGUCUAGUAACGUAUGUACCUCACCGAUCGUUUGGAGAGAUAUUCUGUACCUGCCAUCGACAUUUGACUUCUCUGCUUUAACACAAGCCAUCUGCAACCUGAAUACAUCCACCAUGGUUGCCAACCUUGUCCGUAACCUUGACCUUGAGAGAGUCAUUGCAGGAUUGAACAACAUGUCGGUUGUUCCUGACUGGAAAGGCAUCAUGACACAGUCAGAACAGCUUUCCCAAAACAUAAACAAUCUGAUACAGAACCCGCCAUCCUUUAAUGUUUCUGCUACCCUGGAUCUUCUUGAGAGGGAAUACAAUCAGACCAACCUGUGGAAUAUGGUCACUGUCUACAGUGCUCUGGCUCGAGUGUUUGGCAACACUUCCGAAUUCCAGGCUGUGGAGGGAUACAUGAAUGGGGCAUCACUUGUCCUCAACUUCCUCAAUGACCUCUUCCAGAAGAUGUCAGUAAAUGGCAUGACGCUUGACCUUGGGUCACUGUUCAGCGGAAGUCCUACCUUCACUGGUUUGGUAAAUGCUAUGCUCCAUCUGAAGCCCGAUCCCAUUACUGCACUGGUCUCAUUACAGCUGAAGAAUUCACAGACAAUGGCCUUUUCUGCUUUUGUGUCUGACCCACAACGUCUUGCCAGCUUGUUCUGUGAUGAGGCAGUAUUCCGGCAAUAUUUCAAUGUGGCCCCUGGCUUCAACCUGUCCAGCCUCCUGCCCCAGCUCUGUAGACUCAACUUCACCAACAUGGCUCAGGAGCUGGACUCAAACUUCAUGGUAUCAGCCUUGGUUGCAAAAUUUCAGCAGAUGGGAAGUCAGCCAUUCAACAUGACAUCCUACAUGGCAGUCUACCAGCAGCUCAACAACAAAAUCAUGGAACUGGUGGGGGUGAGGAAUGUCACCUUUGGAGACUAUGACCUUGAACGCUUGUCCCAGGUGAACAUGACAGCCCUGCUUCAAGUGUCGGAGCAACAGUCAGCUGCAGCCAUGAGGGACUACCCAGCUUACAUAAACUCAGUAAUUGAUUCACUUCAACAAAGUCUUGGGAAUACAUCUGACUGGAAAACAGUGGCUAUGUCUCUCAAGAUCUUGGACCUGUAUCUGAAGUACUUCAAUGACAACCUCAAAACAAUAUCAGGGCAGCCUCUGAGCCUUGAGCUGCUUGUGAGGAACACUGAACUGGGUCGUGUUCUUCUUCCAAUCAUGACAGACUCCCGCUGGCUGGAGCAGGUUCUUCAACUCCAGAUCAAAGCAGACAAGCUUCAGGAGCUGUUGCAGUCACCAGAUCCUGAAACUACUCUCUGUAGCAGUGCAUUAUGGGAUGCAUUUGUAACCCCAUCCAAUACAUCAGCUCUGCAGUACCUGCAGCAGCAGAUGUGUUCCAUCAACACCACUGUCCUAAGGUGGCAGUCCAUCACCGGUAUUGCCCAGGGGUACCAGUUCUACCAGCAGAUUAUGCUUCUGAUGGCUGAGAUUGAAAGAGGCACCUCGACUGUGAACACCACGGAGCUGACCUCGGACCUCACAAACACAAUCAACCUCAUCAGUGCCUACGCCAACAGCCUCAUCAAUAGUUCCCUGUCUGCAGACAACUUCGUCAAUGUCGCUGGAUUCCAGAAUGUUCUGAGCCGGUUCCAGGGCACCAUCGGACAGAUACUCAUGCAAAUGUCAUCUCAACUGUCUACAACAAUGAACACACUAAUCUGGCCGAGCAUUCCCGACCGUGCUGCUGCUGACUCCAUGGCCCGCUCCAUCAACACCAUGAAGGUCAUCAUGGACGUCAUCAACAAUAGACUAGAAGACAUUAAAGCUGGCAACAUCUCCCUUGACACACUGUCUGGCAAGUCCCCAGCUCUGUUGGCACUAAUGGAAGCCUACAUCAAUGUCACCAAGUUUGGUCUACAGGCCUGGAUGGAUGGGCAGAUUGACAUGCAGAAGAUCAUAGAACUGAUGAGCGAUCAAUCGUUGGUAACCUCACGGUGUCAGGAUGGGUCUGUGGCAGCAUUCAUCUCCAACAGCAGCACACCCAGCAUUGUGGCGAGGAACCUGCAGACGGUUCUCUGUACAUACAUGACAGAGCUACCCCAGGAGCUCAGUAAUCUUGUGGAUUAUCAGCAGAUACAACAACAGAUAACCGACAUCUGGAACGCCACAGGCGAGGUGACUCCUGACUUCACAGGCUACACAGCUAGCACGGAGAGGUUCAGUCAGCUGGUCACUGAGAUCGCCCAGGCCAACAUCCAGGUGUCACAGGGACUCAAGAAUAUGUUUGAUUACUCCAGUCUACUCAACUCUCUCAAUAAUCUGGUCAAAGAUCCUUCUUUGAUCUUCUCCCUCUUGAAGCCUUUAGGCAUGGUGUUGGACAAGCCCCUACAGCAUGACAUAGCAAAGGGCGUCCUCAACGGCAUCGAUUCCUACAUGCUCAUCCCAGUCUCUCACUACCUGCAGAUUCUCAAAGAUAAUGGCCUGACUUUCACAUCCAUGUUGACUGAUCCAAUGAAGAUGAUCAAGGCGAUGGGUGUCAUGGCUAGCUUUGACACACAGCUCAGUCUGUCAAUAGAAACCGUUGUUAAACCAAUGUUCAAAAGUAUUUCCCAAAAUACUGGCUUCAUUUCCGAUGUUCUGUGCAACACAACCCUAGUUGAGUCCUACGUGCUCCCACUCAUCAACCCAGGCAUUGCCACCAUUCUGUGCCAUGACCCUCCUUCCAUGUGGGUUCCCAAACUCCGACAACUCGGUCUAGAGAAUGUGGAGAUAUAUGGACUCUCUGGGAAGUUGUCCAGUCUUCAGAUUCAGUACAGUUUAAGCUCUAGAUGUGGAACGAACUGCACAGAAGAUGGAGUUUGUGUGCAAUUUUGUGAAAGUACUAUGUGGAGUCCUCUAUCAAAUGACAUCACAUGGGUACAAUUCCUGUCUGACCUUGAGAAGAUGACCAAACUGUUCAUGUCGGAGAGCGGUGGAAACAUGACAAUGAAAACAACAGCCAUCAAAGCUGAAGAAAGCUUGGAAGCAAUUUGGAACAGUAUUGGAAAAUCAGUCCUUGGAAAUAUGUUAGAAACGUCAUUUGGUGUGAUGAAGAUGGUGGACAUCAGUCAAUCUUCAGAUGAAGCAUGGUCCAAAUUCAAACAGAUAAUUCAUUUUGUUGGGACAGUGAAUUCAUACCUUAAUGGCAUGAUGGAGAGAUUUACCAACUCUACAUCUGUAAUAUACCUACAAGAUGUCUUCCCUGACUCAAAGCAAGUUGCCAGACUCCUUACUGCAGCCGUUGGGCAAAACACUGCUGCCGAGCUUCUGACUGCUACUUUCAACCCUGCCACAUUCUUUAACCAGCUGUCCAAUCCUGCCUCCUGGGUCAACAUUCUCUGUGACCCUGCCUUGUUUAGUUCAACAUUUAAUUUCUCUAGUGGGGUAAAUGUUACGCCAUUCAGACGGCUAUGUGCACCAUGGCUCUCAACCAGACGUCCAGCUUGGAACAACUUGUCAAUCUGUUAGAUGCCGGUAAAGUUCUGAAAGAGUUAGAAGCACUGAUGGCACCUCAACAAUCUAAUGCCACGUUCGGCUUGCCGUUAUGGGACAGAGUUUACAAUACGACACUUCGACUAAUUGGUAACUUUGAGAAGCUCUCGAAUGUCAGAGUGAAUGGGAC